AUGUGGCGACGCCUAUCCCGCCUGCGUCAGCGCGGCGCUCACGGCACCGACGACUGGCUCGAGGACUUCUUGCACCUCAGCAAGCAGCAGACGCUGCUCCGCUUCGACACGGCGGGCUGGCGCGACCGGUGGUCCCUCCACUGCGACGCCGAGUACGGCGGCAGCUCGACCGUCGAGCUGCAGCAGGGCGAGGCCGAGGGCGAGGGCACCGCCCGCUUUGCCGGCCAAACGGUGACAGAGAUAGACAGCGAUAACUCGUCAGUCAGCCCAGAGACGGGUAAGCGAGCGGUGUACGCGGGCUGGGCCGCGAUGCGGACGGACGUCGAGGGCGACGGCUGGGACCUCAAGGACUUCCACGGGAUCCGGCUGCGGGUGCGGCCGGACGGGCGCGGCUACAUGCUCAACCUGCGGACGGUGGGCAUCCUCGGCGGGGAGGACGUCGACAUCUACCAGGCGCGCAUGCCUCCGUCUCCGGUCCUGGGCGACUGGUGCGAGCUGCGCCUCCCCUUCUCCGCCUUCGUGCUCACCUCCCGCGGCUACGUGCAGCACAGCCAGGCGAUGAACCUCGAGACGCUCAAGGAGGUCGGCCUGCUCGUCGCAGACAAGCAGACGGCGCCCUUUGAGCUCGAGAUCGCCGAGGCGGAGCGGGACGCGAAGAUGAGGACCUAUUACGCCACGCGCGGCCACACGAACGAGUGGGUGCGAGGACGGCUCGGCGAGGGGCUCACGGCGGGGUCGCACACGGCAGGGGUGACGGGGCCGCUGUGGAGCGAUGUGGUCAGGGGAACGACGAGACACAAAUGGGACAAGCGCCAGCGGAUCGAGGAUCAGCACGGCGAGCGCGAGAUACAAUUCGCCGACGUGGAUGAUCACAACGUGGUGACAAAGACCGUCAUGGGAGCGCGGGAGUACACCUGGAUGGAUGACGAGAAAAGUCGCCCACGCGCGGCGCUGCUGCUCAUCGGCGCCUUGGGUGCAGCGGCCGGCGUCUACCUCCUGAGCGGUGGCAGCGGCUCGUUGGCGCACUCGGGAACGCUGGCUGCCUCCGUUGAGCCCCGGCAGCAGGUCGUGAGACACGUUCCAGAGGCAGUCGCGGCGGGAUCGUCGACGAUGCGCCAGCACAACCGGCGCAAACACAGUGCCAAGGCGUUUGAUAAGCUCAGAAGCAGGGAAGUGCUCGAGGCGGCGGCGGAUCCAAACUCAAUGUUUGACAUGAGCACCCCGUGA